CACUCCCCCCACCGCUCUCUCACUCACCACCACCACCUCCAUCUUCCUCCGCCGUCCCCCGCCACCUUGAAAAUGUCUCCGGCCCGCCUCUUCUUCCUCCCCCUCCUAAUUCCGGCCCUGCUCUGCGCUUUUUACUCGGCCGAUGCUUCCGAUCAGCAGCUCCAGACCCUGAGCACGAAACCCCAGUACUUCAACCCGAAGCUGCCCCUCCGGCCGCUCUCCUCCUCGAAGCGGUUCGAGGGCUCCUCGGACCUGGUCCAGCUCCGGUACCACAUGGGCCCCGUCCUCUCCUCGGCCCCCAUCAACGUCUACCUCAUCUGGUACGGCCGCUGGUCCGCCCCCCACCAGCUCCUCAUCAAGGACUUCCUCCUCUCCAUCUCACCUGCCGCCAGCCGCCGUGCCUCCCCUCUCUCCCCCUCCGUCUCCGAGUGGUGGCGCACCGUCUCCCUCUACACUGACCAGACCGGCGCCAACGUCUCCCGCUCCGUCGUAAUCGCCGGCGAGCACCACGACACCGCCUACUCCCAGGGCACCCACCUCACCCGCCUCACCGUCCAGGACGUCAUCGCCUCCGCCGUCCGAUCCGCUCCCUUUCAGGUCGACCACAAGAACGGGAUCUACUUGAUCCUGACAUCGGAGGACGUGACCGUACAAGAUUUCUGCCGGGCGGUUUGUGGGUUCCAUUACUUCACUUUCCCCUCCAAGGUGGGCUACACCCUCCCCUACGCCUGGGUCGGCAACUCCGGCAAGCAGUGCCCGGAGGUCUGCGCCUAUCCCUUCGCCAUCCCCUCCUACAUGGGCGGCGGGGGCGGGUCGGGCCCUAAGCCGCUUACACCUCCCAACGGGGAGGUCGGGGUGGACGGGAUGAUCAGCGUGAUCGGGCACGAGCUCGCGGAGCUCGCCACUAACCCGCUCGUGAACGCGUGGUAUGCCGGGGAGGACCCCACUGCCCCCACCGAGAUAGGCGAUCUCUGUGAGGGACUGUACGGGACCGGUGGCGGCGGGGGAUUCAUUGGCCAGGUGAUGAGGGACAGAUCUGGGAGGAGCUUCAACGUGAACGGUCGGCGAGGCCGGCGGUUCCUGGUCCAGUGGGUUUGGAGCCCCGUGUUGAAGGCCUGCGCUGGGCCCAAUGCUCUCGAUUGAAAGACGAUAUUUACUGAAAUAUCUUGCCUAUGCCCGAUGCUACGGCAGGUCACCACUAUGGUCCCUGGGGGACUAAUACAGUAGCUUAUCGAUGGUAGCGCACGUGAUCUAGGCAAGUAUUGCUCGGUUCGAUAAACACCGACGCUAUUUGGAGUGUAUAGUCGCUUUGUUGAACCAUUGGAGAGAGAAUCGUCAUGUGCCUGUUGACGGUUCGUGCAUCUGCAAAUAUCAUGGGUGGGUUCGAUAUCCUUAUUGAUUAAUUUGGUCUUAUAGAUUCGGUUUAGUAUGGUAUCAUAAUCAUAAUACCUUAUGCUCAUUAUUUAAUUUUUCCCUUUUUAUCAAUUUUAAUGGUUAUAAGUUUUGGGAAAAUACAAAGAAAAGUUGAGAUGGCAUGGGGCAUUUACUAUGGGAUGGCGAAAGAGGGGGACAAGAAAUUUGGAUGUAGGACAUGGAGGUUUUUCUUCCCAUUAUGUGGGUUUUUUUUUUUAAUCCAUUUCUUCCCCUUCCCUUUUACUUUCAUGUAAAAAAGCUAUAAUUUGUUGUAUGCUUAUUUACUUUUUUCUUUUAUGAUAGACUUAUUUAUAUUUUUCUUA